UUCUGUUAGGAUAUUGAAAUUUUGAAAUCGCUAUAUUCUACUGUGCACGACAUAGAUUAUAUUGUUGGUGCCCUCUUGGAAAAACCUAGAAAUGGAUCAAUGGUUGGUCCAUCAACUGCGUGCGUAAUUGGAGACAGUUUCUACAGGUUUAAAGCUGGUGAUCGUUUCUUUUAUGAUAUUCUAGGACAACCAGGAAGCUUUACUCCAGAACAAAUUAAAAGCCUGAAAAAGAUCACUCUUAGUCACGUUAUGUGUACAUCAUCAAACUUAGGUCACAUGCAAAAGGAAACAUUCAGAUUUGUUGACCACAAGUGGAUGUCAAGUAUUAAAGUAUAGCUGUAAAUUAUAUAA